AUGGCGUGCAUAAGUGCUAUAUUCAUAAUAGAUUUAAAAGGAAAAGUAAUAAUAAAUAGAAAUUAUAGAGGAGAAGUGAAUGUAAAUUUAACAGAAGUAUUUUAUAAUUGCGUUAUUGACCAAGAAGACAAUUUAAUAAAACCUAUCUUUCAUGUAAAUGGAUUAACAUAUUGCUGGGUUGCUCAUAAUAAUAUUUAUAUAUUAGCUGUAACUAGAAAAAAUAGCAAUGCAACUUUAAUUAUAACAUUUUUAUAUAAAUUAAUACAAGUUCUAAAAGAUUAUUUUAAAGUUUUAGAAGAAGAAAGCAUAAAGGACAAUUUUGUUAUUACUUAUGAAUUACUAGAUGAAAUGAUUGAUAAUGGAUUCCCGCAAUUAAGUGAAGUAAAAAUAUUAAGAGAGUACAUAAAAAAUAAAGCACACCAAUUAACAGUUAAUAAUAUUAAAAUACCAUCAGCUAUAACUAAUUCUGUCUCAUGGAGAAAUGAAGGAAUAAAAUAUAAAAAAAAUGAGAUAUUUUUAGAUGUAAUUGAAAGUUUAAAUAUUAUAAUAUCAUCUAAUGGAACAGUUUUAAGAAGUGAGAUUUUAGGUUGUUUAAAAAUGAAAUCUUAUUUAUCUGGUAUGCCUGAAUUAAAACUGGGUUUAAAUGAUAAACUAUUAUUUAAUAAAAACUUAAAUAAUUAUCCGAAUUCAUCAAAUAAUAUAAAUAGUAAAGCAAAAUUAGUAGAACUAGAAGAUAUAAAAUUUCAUCAGUGUGUACGAUUAUCAAAAUUUGAAAAUGAUAGAACUAUAUCUUUUAUACCUCCAGAUGGGAUAUUUAAUUUAAUGACCUAUCGUUUAAGUACUCACGUAAAACCAUUAUUUUGGUUAGAUAUUAAUAUUUCUAAAAAAUCUUUAACAAAAAUUGAAUACAUUGUUAAAGCAAAAUCACAAUUUAAAAACAAAAGUAUUGCAAAUAAUGUAGAAUUUCAUUUUCCUGUCCCUGCAGAUGUGGAUUCACCACAUUUUCAAACAUAUAUAGGAAAUGUAAAAUAUUAUCCAGAUAAAGAUAUUUUAAUAUGGAAAAUUAAGCAAUUUCAAGGUCAAAAAGAAUAUAUUAUGAAUGCUCAAUUUGGAUUACCAUCAAUUGUAUCUAAUGAAAAUAAAGACUUAUAUUAUAAAAGACCAGUAAAUGUAAAAUUUGAAAUACCUUAUUUUACUGUGUCUGGUAUUACUGUCAGAUAUUUAAAAAUUAUUGAAAAAAGUGGUUAUCAAGCUUUACCAUGGGUUAGAUAUAUAACUCAAAAUGGAGAUUAUCAAUUAAGAAUGUCAUAA